CCAGGUUUUAUUUUGACAGCCGGCUGCCGGGUGGCGGGUAUAUUGCAUUGAGAACUGAGAAGUGGAAUACGUGACCAAUUUGCUCCAUUUAAAUAAACACCAAUUUACAAGUCUAUUAGGUGGGGCAGGAGGGCAUUCUCAAGCAAGCGCUAAAACCUGUGACCAGCAUUCAUCAUGGUGAAGAAAGUUGUGAUAUUCGGCGCCACGGGGAUGACGGGGCUCUGUGCUGUGGAAGCUGCUGUAAAGAAGGGUUUAGAAGUACGCGCAUUCGUCCGCACACUCUCCAAACUCCCUGCAAAUCUCAAGGACAAAGUUGAAAUCUUCCAAGGCAAUGUCCUUGAGCCUGACUCCGUCCAUGAUGCUGUUGAAGACAUGGAUGCAGUAGUCAUAGCCCUCGGGACCAACAACCAGUUAGAACCUACCUCAGACCUGUCAGAGGGAACAAAGAACAUCAUUGAAGCAAUGAGGGCGAAGGGUGUUAAGAUCCUGUCAGUCUGCCUGUCUGCAUUCUUGUUCUAUGAGCCGGACAAGGUGCCCCCGAGGUUCGUGGACUUGAACGAGGACCACAAGAGGAUGUACCAGGCAGUUAAGGACAGCGGUUUGGACUACGUUGCUGUGUUCCCUCCACAUAUUGCUGAUGAGCCAAGCAGAGAAAUCAUCGUAGAAGUGAACCCUGAGAAGUCUCCCGGCAGAGCCAUCUCCAAAUACGACCUGGGCGCAUUCCUGGUCAACUCACUCAGCGAACCCAAGUACUACAAGUCUGUUAUCGGCAUCACUAAUGCGCCCAAAGCUUAGGAUGUCUAGAUGCCAAUGUGUUUGAAAAACUAUAGUAUGUCUGAUUAGAUUGUAAAGUCAUUUAUUUUUGUUUACUUUUGAAGCCUUGAUAUUUUAAAUUGUAUUUGGCAGCUAGUCAAGUUACAGGCUAAAAUUGUAUAGAUCAUUAUUUAGUUGAACGAUUCAAAUUCUAAAGAAAUCCUUCUGCAGUAUAGUUGUCAGCUCAAAAAAGUAUCUAAGAUAAUGUAAGGUCCAUUUUUCUGUGUUUCAAAGUCAGCAACACUAUGACGUGGCAAUGGAUCCUGUCGCAAAGACAUAAGGUUCAAUUUUAGUCAGUUAAAAUUGCUGUUUGCAAUCUAACGAACUACGGACCUCGUAUAUUAUAAAAAGGCUUAUUAUUACAAAACAAUUCCAUAGUUUUAUGUAUAAGGAAAUGAGCUAUGUUAUGUAAAAAUAAGGUUUAAAUUUUAUACAGUUUAGUCUUAGAUGUAUAAUACUUUUAAUGUUUCAAAUAAAUAUUAUUUCUGUUUA